UUAUCCUUUAAGAACCACUGAAAUCGCACAAAUUCUUUUCUCAAAGAAGUGCGUAAUAAUAAACAAACUGAAUAAUUCGCUAUUUAGUAAAACAUGAAAGUCUAUUGUUUUACAAAAAAAAAAGGAGAUCUCGAAGGUAUAAGGGAACAGAACGAUAGAGGGCGAUCGUAGCGCGAAAGGGGAAAGCAAGUACGGAUCGAGUAGAGGAAGGGGGAGGGGAUAUUUUUUAACACGAGAGAAGGCGGUUGUGUAGUGGCAGAGGACCGUGGCUACGGCGGGCGGUGAUUCAGGCCCUUAUCUACUUAAAAUUUCUACUUGAAACAAAACCCACUGACGAAUAAAGUCCGAUUAAAAAUCGGUGUGUCUGUGCAUUCCUAAAAAAAAAGUUCUCGAUAGCAUACAAUAAAAAAAAACAAUCCAGAUUCCAUCCAGUAUCGUAAAUGCCAGAUUAAUAUCGCCGAGUUCGUGAUAAAAACGCAACGGAGUUUCAUUUUAUUUUCUCCUCGUUUCCGACGGUAUUUUCAUUGGAUCUGUACGUUCGCGAGUGCAGUGAAAUCACGAAAUCGAAGAAGAAAAAACAGGAGAACAAAUUCGAAAAAAAGAAAAACAACAAAGUGCAAGCGUAUCUCGAUGCGGCGGGGUGUCUACCCGUGUGUGAAUCACGCUCUUGCCUCGGCGCCCGGCUGUCCCGAGUUUUCUUCGUGACCACGACAUUGACCCGCGAGUAUUACAUGGCAGUCAAUAAAGGAAAAAAAUUGUGAAUAAUAAUACAUGGAUAAGCCGUGGAAUAAGAAAAUAUAAAACGACUUCAGUGGGAAAGUAUAAUUGCUCCGAACAAAACCUGUAACAUUUCGAUUUCCCCCUCCCUCUCCUUCAAGUUUCCCGUCCUUUCAAUUCACUUUUGCAUAUAUCUCCGUCUUUCUCUCGCUAAAAUCGUGCUACCGAGAGCUUCCCAAAGAGACACAGAGCUAACAAAACCCACGAGGGUUACGCUGAUUCAUCCGCGAUGUAUCUUCUCGGAAAAUACCUUUUUAUUCUCUCAUCCACGUGAUACACGUAUAUACUAUACGUUAAAAGAACGAAAAAAAAACAACAUGCCCGAAUAACGUUCGGAUACAGAGAUUUUUGAAAAAAAAAACGAAACAAUGCGGGAUUGAAACAAUCUCAUAAAUUUCAUUGUUUUUUUUUUAAGUGUCAACAAACUGUGCGUUUCAUUACGACGUCAUCUUACGUGGAAUAUCCUUUUUACAAGGAAUCUCCAUGUUUGUACCUAUAAUUGUUUAUCGCCACGCCGGAUUACCCUUCUUUUGAUACUCGAACCACCAGCCGACAAAACUCAGAGAGCGAAAAAUUCUAACGUUUUUCAAACGAAUUCGAACGUUUUUCACCCACAAUAGUGAAACUCAACGAAUUCGAAGAAAAUUCGAUGAGAAUUCCUUUUUCAAAAGGUCUCAAUCGUGUAACAAAGCGGACUGUGAUUCUGCAAAAAAUUGUGAUUCGCUUAAAAAUAUUACUGCGCAAGCCUUCGUAGCUGUAGAAUAAAAAGUCCAAAAUUCUUGACAGCAGGAAUCUCAUCGGUGAUAAAACAACAUCAUUUUUUUCAACAAAUCAAACUCCAGCCAAAUUUAUCAACAAAGUUCUCCAAUCUUUUUUCCCAUUUUUGGCAACGUCGCUGUCUAUUCCAAGCUUCAAUAAACUACAUAGAAAAUUAUUACGUGCCUAAACGAGAGAACGGUGACGCAGCGACGGAGGACGGACAAGCGAAGCAAAGACCAAAGAAGGAGCGUCGUCAUGUCGGACGAAGAAGACAAACCACCUGCGCCACCCGUCCGACUCACCUCAAACAGAGGUGAAUCGACGCCGAAUCUGCCGGUGGACAUGCGGCCACUACCGAAGGAGCCGGACUCGGACGAGCGAAAGAAGAAAACGCUGAAAGGAAAGAUGAAGGUGAAGGAGAACAAGGACAAGCCUAACAUUAGUUUACCAACAAAUUUCGAGCACACGGUACACGUCGGGUUCGAUGCUGUUACCGGGGACUUCACGCUGCCACUAAAAGGGAUGCCGGAAGCAUGGGCGAGACUUCUCAUGUCGAGCAACAUCAGCAAACAGGAACAGAAGAAAAAUCCACAGGCUGUUUUAGACGUUUUGAACUGGUACGACAACAGUAGCAAGGAAGCUAAAGGCUCUAAAUAUAUGACGACCACGAAAAUGGUCGGGAUCGUCGCAUCGAUAGAAAGAGAGAGCAGUCCCCGAAGCGUUGGAAUGGGAGUCGGAAUCGGCAUUGGAAAUGUGCGAGGUCAAGCGAUGUCACAGGCGUCGGGGAGUUCGCAUUCGCAGCAUUCGUUGAGCAGAGUGAGCAGUAGUAGUCCGAGCAGCACGCCAACAGACGCAUGUGCGACGAGUUCGGAGCAAGAAGAUGAGCCGCCACCCCCACCGAUAUCCGCGAGACCGGAACGCACGAAAUCGAUCUACACGAAACCUAUCGAGGAGGAACCACCGUCGUCGAUUCCGACGACUCUUGGAUCGCCCCAACACAAUGGCACGCAGCAACAACAACCCCAAUCCCAACUCGACAGAAAUAAAAAUCAAGCGACUCCGACGCCGACCGUUCCUGAUCAAUCCCGGCCUACGCAAAGCGAUAAAGCCAGAAAGAAGAAAAUGUCCGAUGAGGAAAUACUCGAAAAGCUCAGAACCAUCGUUAGCGUUGGGGAUCCCAACAGAAAAUACACGAAAAUGGAAAAAAUUGGACAGGGUGCUUCCGGUACCGUAUACACAGCAAUUGAGACAUCGACCGGGAUGGAAGUAGCGAUAAAACAGAUGAAUCUUGAGCAUCAGCCGAAGAAAGAACUGAUAAUAAACGAGAUAUUAGUUAUGCGGGAAAACAAGCAUCCAAACGUCGUUAAUUAUCUCGAUAGUUAUCUCGUUGGCCAAGAAUUAUGGGUUGUGAUGGAAUAUUUGCCGGGUGGAAGUUUGACGGAUGUUGUGACAGAGACAUGUAUGGACGAGGGUCAAAUAGCAGCGGUUUGUCGAGAAGUUUUACAAGCUCUGGAGUUUCUACAUUGCAAUCAAGUCAUACACAGGGAUAUUAAGUCCGACAAUAUUCUUCUGGGUCUCGAUGGCGGCGUUAAAUUAACCGAUUUCGGUUUCUGUGCACAAAUAUCACCUGAACAAAGUAAAAGGACUACCAUGGUCGGGACGCCCUACUGGAUGGCGCCUGAAGUCGUCACGAGAAAGCAAUACGGUCCUAAAGUAGAUAUCUGGUCCUUGGGAAUAAUGGCCAUAGAAAUGAUAGAAGGUGAGCCUCCGUACUUGACGGAAAAUCCUCUGAGAGCGUUGUAUUUGAUUGCAACGAAUGGAAAGCCCGACAUAAAGGAGAAGGAAAAGUUGACGGCAAUAUUUCAAGAUUUUUUGGAUCAGUGUUUAGAGGUUGAAGUUGAAAAGCGUUCAUCGGCUUCCGAACUAUUGAAGCAUCCGUUCCUCAAACUGGCGAGGCCUCUCGCCUCAUUAACACCACUAAUAAUGGCAGCUAAGGAGGCGGCAAAGGGACACUGAGUGCUGUGUACGAUAAGGAGAGAUAAAAGAACGUGCGAGUCAAAAAUCAUGCGAAAGAGAAGGGACUUGCUUGGCGGAAAACGAAAGAAAAAAACAAAUAUAUUAAAAAUCACCCUCCCAAAACGGUAACGGCACAAUAAUUCAAUAUUACAUACAUAACAUAUAUAAAAAAUAACGGUUAACGAGUAAAUAAACAUAUGUGUAGGUAAUAGUUAGGUAGAUUCGAUACCGGACUUGUAUCGAGAGUAAGUUUUCGAAGUUGUCGAAGCACCUGCGAAAGUCGCGGUAGAAAAAACGAAAAAAAAAAGAAUUUGCCGGAAAAAAGGGAAGAAAUUGGUGAAAAUGAGAAUGAUCUGACGACAAAGAGCUUGUUCCAUGUGGCACGCGCAGUUGCAGUUGUUCGCGAUCGACGGUCUUGUAAAAAUCCAUUCGAAAUGGAACUUUCCAGCAGCUGCGAAGCCUCUUGGUACUUACCUGUCGGUCAGUUAUUUUCUAACGAAUGAAGACGAUAAAAAUGGACGAGAAAGAGACUAGUAUUACUAACUCGAGAGCUGAUAAUGAAUUAGCUGAAGAAACAAAAAAUGAAGAGGAAGAAAUUCACUACGUUUAGCGAGGAACCUUAUUAGAUUAUACCAUAAGCAGAUACGAACUGAUCCAUAGGAGUCACCUAUUCUAAUAUAUUAUCGUUUGACAAAAAUUCGUAGCAGAGAUGAAAAAAAAAAGAACGAACGAGAGUACGAAAGAGACAAUGGAGAACGAAAUUGGUUCACAUCGGACUUAUAUUUUUCGAGAGAAGUUGAAACGUAAAGAGCAUAUUCAUUAUUUACUUGGCCCGUUAGUCUAGUGUAACGAAACAACAGCAGCCUAAUUAAUUUAUUUCGCGUGAAAGAAUAAUGAAACAAGGUUAAUAACAGCAGGAUUUAAAAGUGUUUUAAAAUUUCAAUGAUCUCGGGACUGAACGGCUCGAAACAACUACGUUGUACAUAAAGUAUCAUCCGAUUCUUUGUACUUUCCACGUUAACAUUGGUCAUUCGUCAGAAUUACUUUUCGCAUGUGUAAAUAUCAGAUGGUUAACGAAAAUAUUAUAAAUUUUCUUCCAAUACGAUUUUUAUGCAUUUUUCCAAGUGGUUUGAAAAGCUCAUUUUUAUGAAUUUUCCAAAGAACAAACGCAAGACGUUUGUCAACGCUUUUCAUCGAUUAUUAUUCGUUUUUUUUUUUUAUAUUUGUUGUCAAUAAUUCAUUGAUUUUUAUUAUUGCUUUGAGCCUGCAAGAAAGAUUUCCAGGCGGAAUAUCGCCAGCAACUCGUGAUCAGCCGUGAAAAUAUACAAAUACAAAACACUUUGUCCCUUACCGCGUGACGUGCAAAAACAACUAAAUAUUCAUAGAUGAUCGACGAAAUUUUAAGACAGGGCUGAAACGUAGAAAAAAAACAAUGAACGAAUGAAAGAAAAAAAAACAUAAAAUAAACAAAACAUUUGGGUGACACUACAAAGUGCCUGUACGUCUUGUCACGUUUAGAGAGACACGAGUUUAAAAAUAAACAAAGAAACGUAAGAAAACAAAUAAAUGUGCGGCUAAUUCCUCAUGAUCUUGAACCACCGAUUAAGGAUCAAUAACACAUGAAACCAAGUACUACAUUUUCAUCAAAAUUUCGAAACUUUUCAUUAACUUUAUGAAUCCGUUUAAUCGGAGUUAACUUUUUCCGAACAUUCAUUCGUAAUCAUAAUAAUAUCAGAAUAUUCAAUAAUUUGUAAAAAAAAAUGAUUAAAGCCCUUUUGUCAACGUUGCAUGAAAGAAUUGGGAGGAUUCUUGAAGAUCAACGAAUCCUUCGAUGCAAUCGAAGAAAGCAUCGUUCCAUAAUUAAAUGGUUUUUGUCCCAACAGUUAGUAAAUAUUCAUCGAUAAUUUAUCUCUGGUCAAUAUGAGGCUUUUCAAAACAAUGAAUUUUCGAAAUGUUGAUAAAAUUUCGUUACUGGCACAUGUAAAAUUGAUUAUUAAUCGAUAUUUGAUGAUUUGAUUUAGGACCAUCGGAAAUACGAUCGCAUUAAGAGAGUGACACCGUGUAAUAAUCGUAUGGAUAAAUAGAAAAUUUCAAGGUUUCCAGUAUGAUUGUAUCAAAAUGAUAUUCGAAUAUAAAUAGCUGAAGUAAGCCUUUUCUAAUUACACACUAUAUUUUGGACGUACGAAAAGAAUAAUGAAGAAAUAAUAAAAUAAAAAAAAAAAAAAGGAAUCGAGUCAUUAAGGAAACCUUGGAUGUUUAGUUUAGGAAAAAGAAAAAAUAACAGCAACAAGAUACAAAUGAUGAAGAAAUAAACAAUUUAGAUAUCCAGCUUUACGUCAUUUUUACAUUAUUUUUUUGUUCUCGUCUUUUUUACGUAGUUUUUCGAGAAACGUACACACGAAUGGGAAAACUCUCCGAUAAUCGUUCAACUCAGAAAAUAAGAAGGAAUUAAAUACUUGUAUUGCACUGGAACAAGCGAUAUAUAUAAAUAUUGUUUCAUAAAAAAAAAACGAGCAAACUGUAAACAUUGUAUUUGAAAUUUGACCAGUUUGAAAAUGAGUUACUUUAUUUCAAAUCGACAUCCACGAUUACUCAAUUCGUGUCUUCGAAAACGUCUCUUAUUAUUAUAAUAUACGAAACGAAGAUCUCUCGCUUUUGUUUAAAGAGUCGAAAGCGCUUCAUUGUCGAUAAGUAUCGAUUGCCAUUGAAAAGUGAGACUUGGACUUGACGAAGUAAAUUCAGUAUUUUGGAAAUGAGAGAGAGUAAGAGCAGAGGAACGAACAAAAACAAACUUUCAACGUUACUAUGUUUCACAGCAAUUGCUCCAAAUUUUUUAAUCCUAAAUUGUAAAGAGGUAUUUUAGAAAGAUAGCGAGAAUAUAAUUAUGCACGUUUAGUAUUAGUGAAGAAUAUUAUUAUGGCAAGGUUGAGAAUGGAAUUGAAGUUUGUGUCGUUGGAGCAAAGCGAAAUGUGCAUUUUUCAUUUUAUCUUCCAUCGAUAUUUUUUGCAUGCUUGAAAAUCUGUAAGAUUCGAAGAACUUACAAUCCUGGAUGUGAUUUUACGGAUACGAUGUUGAGGAAAAAAGAGGGGGUGCAACGACGCAAACUUCAAAAUUUUGGACAAGAGACGACCUCGAAGGGUUGAGAUACUGAAACAUAUUAUUAGGCAAAAGGCCGUAAGGGAGAUUCUGCAUUUUCACAAAUAUCUUCGAUGCUGAAGCAAAAAAGGGUGAAUGAGGAGAAAAAUAAUAGACGAAAUUAUUUGCGUCAUCGUAUUGUUAUCUUAGUUAUCGUAAAUACAUUUUCAGUUGGUAGCAGCUUUUAUCAUAAUAAGUCUACAAAUCUUGUCUAGAAAAAUCCCGAGGUUCGACGAGAUUGCAGAGAAAAAAACAUUCGCCAUAUCAUUCGUUACACCAGUGCUGACCCGCAAUCAUUUUUCAGCGUGUCAUUCAAAUUUCUUUUGAUUUUUUUUUUCGUUUUCGUUUUUUUUUUGCAUUCGAGGCCGACCUCGGGUUUAUCAUUCAAAGUGCAUUUAAGUAUCCGUGUAAGAAGCGUAUUAUUACCGUUUUAGAACAGUGAGGAUAGGUUCCUAUUAUGAAAUCAGGUUUAAGAGUCUAUAUUGCAUGUUUUUUCGUAGCUGCUUUUUAAAAAUGAUGUUUCUGAAAAUGCUUCGUGAUCUCGUGAACGUAAAAGUGCCAGGCCUAGCAAAGAAAAAGAAACAAAGAAAAACGAAGAAAACCACACACACAAACUAUUUUCUUGGAAGAUCUUUUAAGUCUUCGUGAAAGCAAUGAAAGUUAUUUUUAUGAUUUACACCGUAAAAUUUUUUACAUUGAAAAUUAUAAUAAUAAAGAAAAGAUUCACCCCGAAGGGAGAAAAUGUCGAACCUGAUUUUUCAGGGGUCAAGAAGGUAACGAUUUUUUAAGCGACAAUGAAUUUGAGAGUAUACUAUAGAGGCGUGGAUGGCAGCAACAAAUUAUAAUGAAUUAUUGUUAAGUCUACAGAUUAAUGCCCACAAGUUUCGGUGCAUAUUUAUCUACAUACGCUGGGACCCAGGUCAAACCGAGUUACAAGUUACAAUUCGAAAUAAAUGGGACGGAACAUGAGCCAGAAAUCUAAAGAUUCAACUCAAAAGUCCUUAAACGCUACUUGUUUAGUGCUCGUUCAACUGAGUUAUCUAGAAUUUUAUGUUACCGACUAAAUCUAGCUCAUAACGAGACCAGACAACGAUAAAUAUGACAUUCAGAGCUUGGCCAUAAUUUCCCUUCUUCGCAGUCUUCUUCGACAAGUCCCCAGUGAGCACAAUAGAAAAGUUUUUCUAAUUUACGAAAUGCAUCUUUAAAAAAUGACAAUUUCACUUAAUAUAAUAUUGCUUUUUUUAUAAAAGUGUUUGAAAUAAUUGUGAAAAGCGAUACCGCAAUGAGUAGUUUAAAGUGAUUGAGUCAUUUUGAAUCGAUGCACUUUUGCUUUAGACUUGAGAAGUUCAAUCUUGUAGUUAAGCUUCAUUUGUCAAAUUCCUUCGACUUCUUUUGUUCCAUUUAUUGGACUUUUAUGUUGCCAAAAUGCUGUGUAAGUUUAAGAAAAGUUGAAACUUUGUUUAUCUCGAAUAAGUGAACGAUUAAAACAUUUUUUCGAUGAAGAAACAUGCUCAGUUGGAAGAAUUGGAAUUAUUGUGGUCGACUCGAUUAGAAUCGUUCCUCGUAACCCGCUCGUUUGUUCUGGGCUGCGAAGCAAUAUGUACCUAUGACUGUAACUCUUAUCAAUUUAUUUUGUUCUUCUUUUUUGAAAGAUUACAAUAUAAGAAAAACAUUUUAUAACAAAAA